UCCAAACAUCUCCAUUCUGUUCCAGUUUACGACAUGAUCUCAUCCAGGGGAGUACGCGUCGCACGGUUUGAUCUCUAUAGGUCUAUCUCCGCCGUUACGACGAUUUGAACGAUUAAUCUACGCGUUCCACUGAUUGGCCAACCGAGUCAUCGCGCGACAGUCAGCCAACCAUGAAGACCAUACAAGGACAGAAUGCCUCGGUGUCGCACUAUAGAGUUCAUCGAUCCCGGAAAAUGCGGGGUGCGGGUCUCGGACCCGGUAUUCCUCCGCGUGGCGGAUACGGCACAGCUAUAACCUCAUCAGAGCUUCAUAGAAGCGUUUAUCAUUUGCAUUGAAACUUUCCUUCGCAUGUUUUCAUAAUCCUCUCGCACGAAUCAUAUCACAAAAUGGCUGAUCAGAAGAGCGCCGCUAGCCAGAGGUUGACCCAGAUCAAGGACUUCCUCACCAUGAACAAGACAGCAACUACGAUUCCCUGGGAUCCUGACUGCACGAGGUUCCCAACUCGCAAGGAGCUUCCUCAGAUCCAGGGAGCGCCGCCGGAGGCUGCGUGGGUCUGGGGAGAGAAUGACUACAUCGGCCGCCUGAACCUUCUCACCCCCACUAGAGUUGCUGCUGCGUCCAAGGAGAUCAGAACUGGGGAGAUCGUUCCUGUGAACCUGCCUCUAGACUGCCCCAAACAGCCAGCAUUCGGCCGUGAGGUAUUCAAGCAUGAGAUCAAGGUGCUUCAUGAGAAUAUUGCUUAUGAUGAUCUCUAUGUUUUGAACACCCAGAGCGGCACCCAGUGGGACGGCUUCCGACAUUUCGCUCACGUCCCCACCGGGAGCUUCUACAAUGGGACCAAGGGUUCGGACAUUGUCGGCCCAAGCGCAAACCACAAGUGCUCCAUUCACCACUGGGCGGAGCACGGCAUUGCUGGACGUGGUGUCCUUCUUGACUACCGCGGCUACGCAGAGAAGAAAGGCAUCAACUACGACCCCUUUGACUACUACCCCAUUUCCUGGGAGGAGCUCUACCAAUGCGGAAAGGACCAGGGCAUCGAUAUCCGCCCCGCCGCCCAAGGCGGUGACAUCAGAAUUGGUGACAUGCUAUUCGUUCGCAGCGGCUGGAAGGAAGCAUAUGACCAGAAGUCUCCCGAGGCCCGUGAAAAGGCCGCUUUAAGGCACGGUUCCGGAAAAGACGGAGAGGACGGUCUGCGAUACGCAGGCUUGAGCCAGGAGCAGAAAACUCUGGAUUGGUUGCAUGACUGCUACUUCGCCACGGUUGCCGGCGAUUCGCCGACUUUUGAGGCGUGGCCUACUCAUGAGGAUUACCACCUCCAUGAGUACAUCCUCGCCCUUUGGGGCAUGCCUUUGGGUGAGAUGCUGGAUCUCGAGAAACUGGCGAAGACGUGCAGAGAGAAGAAUAGAUGGUUUUUCUUCUUUACCUCUGCGCCCGCCAAUUGUCCAGGCGGUGUCAGCUCCCAUGUGAAUGGAAACGCUAUCUUCUAAGGGCAGAACCUAAGAUAGCCGCGUGGGGCCCAGAGAAAGAAAACAAUAAUACAGUUACUGUACUUGCCAUCUUUCUUAUCAACUUCACGAUAUUCGAGUUUGAAGAAGUCCUCGGUAGUACGAGAUAAAUAUCUGUUCUCGUGACAUUCACGUGACACCUCUUCUACGCCAGCUUGGAAUAAUACUAGAACCGAACAUCUAGGGGAUACAUGAACUGUAGGCCCCCAAGAAAUUCCACAGUACACACGUACGGUGGUCUAGUGAAGCGGCAUUUUAGCCUGGUAAGUUGGUACCCUUAGAAUAGUUUGGGAGUGUUUCGCUGUG